AUGAGUCCGGUGGAUAAGGCUUCCGUCCCCUUGUGGGCGAGGGAUGUUGUGAGCGAUCUCAAGUCCGACGCCAGUACGUUCACUAGUUGGGACAAGUGCAUGUCCAAGGCUUACUGCAAGUGGCCUGUUAUCGUCGCUAUCAUCAUCGCCGCGCUGAUUGUCCUCUCCGUCAUCGCCUGCGUGAUCAAUUGCCUGUGCUGUGGUUUCAAGAGAAAGAGGAACAAGCAAAAGUACUUGGACGACCAAUAUGAUCAACCGCCCCCCAUGCCUGCCAUGCCGACCAUGCCAGCACCUAUGAACAACGCCUAUCAGACACCCUACCAACCACAGGCACCGCCCGUGUACCGUGGAGCAGAGGUUGCACGAUUCGAUACGCCGUCGAGUCCUGCGAACGGAAAGUUUGACGAGGAUGCGUUGCCCGCCAUGCCUACCUGGGAAAGUGCCGUGACAAAGAAGGUCGAGGAUGAGAACCCUCACGCGGAAUCACUCGAGAUGAAGCCUCUGAGCAAUGCGAACCAGGAGCCUCGUCGCAUGCCCUCUGGAGCCCGGUCUGUUACGGGAGGCUACGGGGGGCCUCCGCCGUUGAGGACCGGAACGCCUGCUGCGCCAGGCGCAUACCAUGCUGAGCCUCGAGGAUACGACGGAUAUGAUGGCCCGGACGCAUAUGGCUAUCACGCGCCCGGCCCACGGUCGCCUCCACCCGUUUCUCCAUAUGAGCACCAGCCUUACAGCGAGUAUCCUCACGAGGACCGCUUCCAUAACAUGUCACCGGCUCCCACCUAUACCACGCAACCGCAGUAUAUGCCUAUGGACGCGACUCAGCCUCAUCAUGCACCUAUGGAUGGCAUGCAGCCAUACCAGAUGCCCAUGGACGGCAUGCACCCGAACUAUAUGCCCCCAGAGCCUGCGUACCCGCACUACAUGCCGCAGCAUCAGAUGCCUCCGGAUACCGGCACGUACGGGCAGCCGAUGCCGAUUAACAGGACCUUCUCUCCAGCUCCGACGCUCCACUCGGCCAUGAAUGCGCCUCGUCCGGUCCCGUACCGCCAGCCUUCCCCCGGCUUCCAAGCACCGCCAUACCGCAACAUGUCCCCAGCGACUCCCACGUCGCCCCCUCCUCCAUUCUCUACGACCCCUGCGCCUCGCGAAGCCAAUGAACCGGGCCGGCCCCCGAGUCUUUUGCAGAGCGGACGCAGGCCUACCAACUUUUAG